CCAUAAUGAACUGUUUUCUGAUAUAGGUUGGGUACCAUAGAGUGAGAUUCAGAACAGGAAGCGGAGGCAGAAGCAACGAGGAUUCUGGAAAGGUCUCGGUGUUUUUCUUUACCACUGAGAAUGCAGAAAUAAUAACGAACAUAUAAAGCUUUGUGGUCAGAAACCUGGAUAAUUACAUUUUGUGGCGUUUUUACAUGGUCCUGUUGGCUGGAUGCUGUGCUGAGAUUUGUCACUCCCUUUUCAUCAGUACCUUGUUCACAUGUGUCAUAAUGGCCAGAGUCUGCUGACAGGAAAAACAUUCUGUACCAGUGCUAAAAAUGGGAUGCUUUGAAUUCAUUUUAUCUCUUGAGAAGAUUUUGUAACCCGCAGCUGUAUUUCCACCCAAAGAAGUAUACCUGUGGGUCCAGUGUCUCUAUUUAUUUCAAGAUCCGACAUUGCCCAGACAAUAUAAAGGUCAUUCUUAUGCAAUAGGCUAAAAGUAAUUUAAAUGUGCAGGAUGAAAAAAUGGCACAGGCAUUGCUGGUACCACCAGGACCUGACAGCUUCCGCUAUUUUACUAGAGAAUCUCUUGCAGCUAUUGAAAAACGUUGUGCAGGGGAGAAAACUAAAAAGCCCAAACAAGAUCAUACAGAUGAGGAUGAUGAAAAUGGCCCAAAGCCAAAUAGCGACUUGGAAGCAGGAAAAACACUUCCAUUUAUAUAUGGAGACAUUCCUCCAGGAAUGGUGUCCGAACCUUUGGAGGACUUGGACCCAUAUUACAGCAAUAAAAAAACCUUCAUAGUAUUGAAUAGAGGGAAGGCAAUUUUCCGAUUCAGUGCCACAUCUGCCUUGUACAUUUUAACUCCUUUCAAUCCGCUCAGAAAAAUUGCUAUUAAAAUUUUGGUACAUUCAUUAUUCAGCAUGCUUAUUAUGUGCACUAUUUUAACCAACUGUGUGUUUAUGACCAUGAGUAAUCCUCCAGAAUGGACAAAGAAUGUAGAAUACACAUUCACUGGAAUUUAUACCUUUGAAUCGCUUAUAAAAAUUCUUGCAAGGGGCUUCUGUUUAGAAGGUUUCACUUUUCUUCGAGACCCAUGGAACUGGCUUGACUUCAGUGUCAUUUUGAUGGCAUAUGUGACAGAGUUUGUGGACCUGGGCAAUGUCUCAGCGUUGAGAACAUUCAGAGUUCUCCGGGCAUUGAAAACUAUAUCAGUCAUUCCAGGCCUGAAGACCAUUGUGGGAGCCCUAAUUCAGUCAGUGAAGAAGCUUUCAGAUGUAAUGAUCCUGACAGUGUUUUGUCUGAGCGUAUUUGCACUAAUAGGGUUGCAGCUGUUCAUGGGCAACUUGAGGCAUAAAUGUUUGCUCUGGCCUCCAGACAAUUCUACUUUUGAAAGAAACAUUACUUCCUACAUCAAUAGCACAAUGGGGGAAAAUGUUACCUUUGUUAACACUACAGAGAGCCCAUUUGACUGGGAGAAGUACAUUGAGAAUGAAAAUCAUUUUUAUGUUUUGGAAGGACAGAGAGAUGCUCUGCUUUGUGGUAACAGCUCAGAUGCUGGCCAAUGUCCAGAAGGAUACAUGUGUGUAAAAGCUGGUAGAAAUCCCAACUAUGGCUACACAAGCUUUGAUACAUUCAGCUGGGCCUUCUUAUCACUCUUUCGUCUUAUGACUCAGGAUUACUGGGAAAAUCUUUAUCAACUGACAUUACGAGCUGCUGGCAAAACGUACAUGAUCUUUUUUGUCCUGGUGAUUUUCCUGGGCUCUUUCUACCUGAUCAACUUGAUCUUGGCUGUUGUUGCCAUGGCCUAUGAGGAACAGAAUCAAGCCACCAUGGAAGAAGCAGAGCAGAAAGAGGCAGAGUUUCAGCAGAUGCUGGAACAGCUAAAAAAACAACAAGAAGAAGCUCAGACAACAGCAGCUGUGGCAGCAGCAUCAGUCGCUUCAAGAGAUUUCAGUGGCGUGGGCGGAUUGGGGGAGCUCUUGGAAAGUUCUUCAGAGGCAUCUAAAUUAAGCUCCAAGAGUGCUAAAGAAAGACGAAACAAAAGGAAAAAAAGAAGGCAGAAAGAGCUUUCAGAAGCUGAAGAUAGGGAAGAAGGUGAAAAAUUUCCUAAAUCAGAAUCAGAAGACAGUAUCAGAAGGGGAGGCCACCUGUCUUAUGAAAAGAGGACUUCGCCUCACCAGUCUCUGCUGAGCCUUCGUGGCUCCUUGUUUUCCCCAAGGCGCAAUAGCAGAACAAGUAUUUUCAGCUUCCGAGGCCGAGCAAAGGAUAUAGGAUCAGAGAAUGACUUUGCUGAUGAUGAGCACAGUACCCUUGAAGACAAUGAAAGCAGAAGGGAUUCUCUCUUUGUUCCGAACAGACACAACAGUGAGCGCCGCAACAGUAAUGCCAGUCAGGCGAGUUUGUCAUCACGGAUGGUACCAGCACUUCCAGCCAAUGGGAAGAUGCACAGCACUGUGGAUUGCAAUGGGGUGGUUUCCUUAGUGGGAGGUCCUCCGACACUCAGUUCAUCUCCUGGACAGCUUCUGCCAGAGGGUACCACUACUGAAACAGAAAUACGAAAAAGAAGAUUAAGUUCUUAUCAAAUUUCUAUGGAGCUGUUUGAAGAGUCUGCAGCAAGGCAAAGAGCCAUGAGUAUAGCCAGCAUACUCACAAACACAAUGGAAGAACUUGAAGAAUCCAGACAGAAGUGUCCACCAUGCUGGUAUAGAUUUGCAAACGUUUUCUUGAUCUGGGAUUGCUGGAGUCCUUGGUUAAAAGUAAAACACAUUGUGAAUUUGAUAGUGAUGGAUCCAUUUGUUGAUCUUGCUAUUACUAUCUGCAUAGUUUUAAAUACGCUGUUUAUGGCUAUGGAGCAUUAUCCGAUGACUCCCUAUUUCAACCAUGUGCUUUUGGUGGGAAACCUGGUCUUCACUGGGAUCUUCACUGCAGAAAUGGUUCUCAAAAUAAUAGCCAUGGAUCCUUAUUAUUAUUUCCAAGAAGGCUGGAAUAUUUUUGAUGGCAUCAUUGUCAGCCUUAGUUUAAUGGAACUGGGUCUUGCAAAUGUGGAAGGAUUGUCAGUCCUGAGAUCUUUCAGACUGCUCCGAGUUUUCAAAUUAGCAAAAUCAUGGCCAACACUAAAUAUGCUGAUCAAGAUUAUUGGCAACUCAGUGGGUGCUCUGGGAAAUCUGACCUUGGUGCUGGCUAUCAUUGUCUUCAUCUUUGCUGUGGUUGGUAUGCAGCUCUUUGGUAAAAAUUACAGGGAAUGUGUCUGCAAAAUUGCCACAGACUGUGAACUUCCACGGUGGCACAUGAGUGACUUCUUCCACUCCUUCUUGAUUGUGUUCCGGGUACUUUGUGGAGAAUGGAUAGAGACGAUGUGGGACUGUAUGGAGGUUGCGGGCCAAACCAUGUGCCUUAUUGUUUUCAUGCUGGUCAUGGUGAUUGGAAACUUAGUGGUAUUAAACCUGUUUCUAGCCUUGCUGCUGAGCUCCUUCAGUUCAGACAAUCUUGCUGCCACUGAUGAUGAUAACGAAAUGAAUAAUCUUCAAAUUGCUGUGGCACGGAUUCAGAAGGGAAUAGAUUAUGUUAAGAAAAAAUUACGGGAAGUUGUCCAAAAGGCCUUUGUUAGAAAACAAAAAGCUAUAGAAGAUAUCAAAACACUCGAAGAACUAAACAACAAGAAGGACAUCUGCAUUUCCAACCAUACUAUGGUUGAAAUAUGCAGAGACAUUAAUUAUCUGAGAGAUGGGAAUGGAACCACAAGUGGUGUAGGCACAGGCAGCAGUGUGGAAAAAUACAUUCUCGAUGAAAAUGAUUAUAUGUCAUUUAUAAAUAAUCCAGGCCUUACUGUGACUGUACCAAUUGCUCUUGGAGAGUCAGAUUUUGAAAAUAUAAACACAGAGGAAUUUAGCAGUGAAUCUGACCUUGGAGAAAGCAAAGAGAAGCUAAAUGCAACCAGCUCAUCUGAAGGCAGUACAGUUGAUAUUGCCCCACCUGGAGAGGGUGAACAGGCAGAGAUUGAACCUGAAGAGGCACUUGAACCAGAAGCUUGUUUUACAGAAGGCUGUGUCAAGAAAUUUCCAUGUUGUCAAGUGAGUAUAGAAGAUGGCAGAGGGGAAAUCUGGUGGAAUUUUAGGAAAACCUGCUACAGCAUCGUUGAACAUAACUGGUUUGAGACCUUCAUUGUGUUCAUGAUUCUCCUCAGCAGUGGUGCUCUGGUGAGCAAAAAAGCCUUUGAAGACGUAAAUAUUGAACAGCGCAGGACUAUUAAGACCAUGCUGGAAUAUGCUGACAAGGUCUUCACAUACAUCUUUAUUCUGGAAAUGCUUCUGAAGUGGGUGGCCUAUGGCUUUCAAGUGUAUUUCACAAAUGCCUGGUGCUGGCUGGAUUUCCUCAUUGUUGAUGUUUCUUUGGUUAGUUUAGUAGCCAAUGCUUUGGGCUAUUCUGAGCUUGGUGCCAUUAAAUCACUUCGAACACUGAGAGCUUUGAGGCCUUUAAGAGCUCUGUCACGAUUUGAAGGAAUGAGGGUGGUUGUGAACGCCCUGAUUGGUGCAAUCCCCUCCAUCAUGAAUGUGCUUCUUGUUUGUCUCAUAUUCUGGCUAAUCUUCAGCAUCAUGGGCGUAAAUCUGUUUGCUGGCAAGUUCUACCACUGUGUUAACACUGUGACGGGUGAAAUGUUUAAUACCAGCGAGGUUGAGAAUAAAACUCAGUGUGAGCAGCUGGCAAACAAUAAUGAAUCUGCCCGGUGGAAAAAUGUGAAAGUAAACUUCGACAAUGUUGGAGCUGGUUAUCUUGCUCUACUUCAAGUUGCCACUUUUAAAGGUUGGAUGGAUAUUAUGUAUGCUGCUGUGGAUUCACGGGAUGUAGAAGAACAGCCUGUAUAUGAAGACAACCUGUAUAUGUAUCUUUAUUUUGUUAUCUUUAUCAUCUUUGGAUCAUUUUUCACCUUAAACCUUUUCAUUGGUGUCAUCAUAGAUAACUUCAAUCAGCAAAAAAAAAAGUUUGGAGGGCAGGACAUUUUUAUGACAGAGGAACAAAAGAAAUACUACAAUGCAAUGAAAAAAUUAGGCUCUAAAAAACCACAAAAACCAAUACCUAGACCAGGGAAUAAAUUCCAAGGUGUCGUCUUUGAUUUUGUAACAAAACAAGCCUUUGACAUCAGCAUCAUGAUUCUUAUCUGCCUUAAUAUGGUCACCAUGAUGGUGGAAACAGAUGACCAAAGUAAAGACAUGGAAAUAAUUUUAUAUAGAAUUAACCUGGUGUUCAUUAUCCUUUUCACUGGAGAAUGUGUACUCAAACUGAUUUCACUUCGUCAUUAUUACUUCACCAUUGGCUGGAACAUUUUUGACUUUGUAGUUGUCAUACUCUCCAUUGUAGGUAUGUUCCUGGCUGAGAUCAUUGAGAAAUACUUUGUGUCCCCUACCUUGUUCCGCGUUAUCCGACUUGCCAGGAUAGGUCGAAUCCUGCGUCUAAUCAAGGGUGCAAAAGGGAUACGCACGCUGCUCUUUGCCUUGAUGAUGUCUCUUCCUGCCUUGUUUAACAUUGGCCUCCUCCUUUUCCUGGUCAUGUUCAUCUACGCUAUCUUUGGAAUGUCCAACUUUGCCUAUGUCAAAAGGGAAGCUGGCAUUGAUGACUUGUUCAACUUUGAAACGUUUGGCAACAGUAUGCUCUGCCUCUUUCAAAUUACCACCUCUGCUGGCUGGGAUGGCUUGCUAGCACCCAUUCUGAACAGUGGCGUGCCAGACUGUGACCCUGAGACAGACCACCCAGGAAGCUCAGUCAAAGGCGACUGUGGCAACCCUUCCGUUGGGAUUUUCUUCUUUGUCAGUUAUAUUAUCAUAUCCUUUUUAGUUGUAGUGAACAUGUAUAUUGCAGUUAUUUUGGAGAACUUCAGCGUUGCUACAGAAGAAAGCGCUGAGCCUUUGAGUGAGGAUGACUUUGAGAUGUUCUAUGAAGUCUGGGAAAAGUUUGAUCCAGAUGCAUCUCAGUUUAUAGAGUAUAGUAAACUCUCUGAUUUUGCUGCUUCACUGGAUCCUCCUCUUCUCAUUGCAAAACCAAACCGUGUUCAGCUUAUUGCAAUGGAUCUGCCUAUGGUAAGUGGUGACAGAAUUCACUGCCUUGACAUCUUGUUUGCCUUUACAAAGCGUGUUCUGGGAGAAAGUGAAGAAAUGGAUUUACUUCGGGUACAAAUGGAAGAUCGGUUUAUGGCAGCCAAUCCUUCCAAAGUUUCAUAUGAACCAAUUACAACUACAUUGAAACGAAAGCAAGAGGAAGUAUCUGCUACUGUCAUUCAGCGGACCAUCAGGAGGUUCCUCUUGAAACAAAAAGUUAAAAAAGUGACCUCUAUGUAUAAUAAAGAUAAAUGCAAAGAUGGUGUGGUUCUCCCUAUCAAAGACAUGAUCACUGACAAGUUUAAUGAGAACUCCACUCCAGAGAAGACGGACGAGAGUUCUUCCACAACUUCCCCACCCUCCUAUGAUAGUGUUACAAACCCAGAGAAAGAGACCUAUGAAAAGGGCAAAAGAGACAGGGACUAUAAAGGUAAAGAAGUCAGGGUUAGCAAAAUGUGACUGUUCCAAUUCUGUUUUUUGUGAAAAACUUGUUUAUAGCCUUUGAAAGGGAUGUAUUUGUCAGCAGGACUCCAGAGUUGAUGGAGAUUUAUGCCAAACUGUCAGUGUUUACUUUAUACAGAAUAUAUAUAUAUAUAUGAUGUAUAUACAGAUAAUCUUCUCUAAAGGUCAGUGCCUAUAACAAGACGGUGACUCCUCGUCAUCAGACUGUCACUCUGUAAAGCAGGGUAACUGCCUUGGCAGGAAGUUGCUGUUCUCACUGUGGCUGACAUUGCAGAAGAGGAGAUGACAGUACAGCGGCACAGACCAUGGGGAAUAAGGUGUGCGAGGCUACAACCUGUGUGUUUAAUAUAUUGCAGGACACUUAGUUCAGUAAGUGUUUCCACUGUGUGUAUUUCAACUGCCACAUUUGCCAUAUUUUUACAAAAAAAAGAAGUGUUAGUGAAUUUAUCAUUUUUUUAAAUUCACAGGGUGUUUAUUAUUAUAUGUGACUAUUUUUGUAAAUGGGUUUUACGUUGUGGUGGGAGUGGGGUUGGGGGCAGGGUUACCAGGAACAGGUGUUCUACUCUCUGAUUCUUUAUAACAUACAGACAGAGAAGCGGUUUGCAUGAAGGCAUGCUGCACUUACCGAUCAUGCAUGGAAUCAACGUGACAUCAUCAGGCAGAGUUUUGAACCACUUCUGUAUUUCUGGUUGGCAGUGAUUUUUUAAAAAGCAGUUUUACACCCUUCUGUUGACAGAUCGGGCAAAUCGUCUUGUGCCUGCAAUUUCUAAAAAUUCCCAAAUGUGUUGUUCUUUCAGCAGAUCACUAAAUCCAUGGACAGUCUUAGUUCUAGAGAUUUGUCUGUCUCUAGAUUCUUACUUGGCAGAAUUGACUUUAUAUUGAGCAUCCCCUACAUCAUAGGUUAAUUCCAGUAUCAGUUAAUCCACAGAAUCACAAUUAUAGCAUGCAAUCAAGCAGGAAGAAAGAAGGUGCCCCAUACCAGAGGUGCCUGCAAUUCAAGACAUUAAGGAAAUGGUCUGGGACUAAGAUAAUGCACAGAUACUAGCCAACAUCCUAACAAAGCACUAAUUCUCUGCUAGGGUUACCAACAGUCCCUUUUUAGCAGGGACACUCCUUAUUUUAGCACAAAAUUGUCUGUUCCUUAUAGGAUGCCAUUUGUACCUUAUUUUAAGUUAAUGGGAAGAACCUAUGGCUCUGAUCAAACCAGUUAUUUUCACUAAUAACAAAAUAAUUAAUGACCUCCAACUCCUUGCCCUUUUCCUUCCCUACCAGUGUCCUCUGUGGUUCUGGUGGGCAGCAGGCCUAGGGAUGCCAGAAGUCCCAUAUUGGGGACAUUAACAAAACAUUAACAGCCAUCAAUGACUGGCUAACUUAGUAUUAUCCAGAUAUCAGGAUCAUGAAAAUCAUGCAAGUGAUGACUACUAGAUGGUGCUCAUGUGUGAAACCUAUCUUUACUGGCUAAUAAUGCUUCUCUUUCUAGAAAACAAAAUUACAUCACACCCAGUUUGGCUAAACAUGGUUAUAUCAAUAAGCAGAGGAGAUGCAAUCUAAGUUGUAACUUAUACCAUAGUUUAAGCUGAAAGUGGUAAAAACCCAUACUGAAUUCAGGCUCCCAGUUACUCCUACAUACUCCCCACCUUGUGUCCCUUAUUGUGGAAUGUUGGCAACCCUGUCUGAGGAAGCACUCCCUGUGGCUUGGAAGUGGAUCCCUGAUGGUGUGUGUCCUUCAGGGACCCAUUUCCAGAUCACAGAGAUGUUUCCUGGGGCAGGGAGAUCAGCAAAUAUCACAUACACACCCUAGGCGCAUGAGUGUACAUGCGGUCUUAGCCUGGAAGACAGCAGCAGUGUGCAUGCAAAUUGCCAGUGCUUCAGGAAGUUGGCCACUAUCUAAACAGCACAUAAAUACCUGAAGAGAAAAAGAAGGAAAGAAAUGGGGAAGUAGGGGCUUAAGUUCUACUUUGUCUUAAGAUAUGGAAUAUUCAUCUGCUUUCAGUACAGUUCAUGCCUAAAUUCUAAAGUAAAACCUAGUUCUAAAUGUAAUGUAAAUACUCAUUUUACAUUUGUACAUAUUUAAGCAUACAAACGAUGGUCUGGCCAUAAUAUACUGUAUCUCUGCGAAUGUGCCACCAUGGGUCGAUCUUGCAAGCUCUUGACAGGUAAUGGAGCUCUUCUCACGAUGAGUGAGAAGAGCUCUGGGGCAGUCUGCAGGGAAAGCAGGUUUAACUCACCUUCCCCGCAGACCAUCCCUGUGCCUUCCCUGGGUGGACGGAUUGCCCACCUAGACGCCUGGCGGCUCACCCAACAGCUCCGGGGAUUGGGGUGGCAGGACGCACUGCUGCACGUCACCCCUCCCCUCUCCCCCGAGCUCAAAUAAUGCACUGCGCAAAUCUGCGGUGCAUUUUUGGGAUCCCACCCCCAAGUGUGCCAGACGUGGCUACAAGUAGCCACAGUUGAUACACAAUUAAAAAAAAUGAAGUUAAGCGAGUUCUUGCUCCCUUAAUCUAAUUUUAGAGGAGGCUACUUUGGUGGGUUUGCCACCGUACAGCCACAAGCAUCAGGCCCAAACCUGAUCGUUCACAUGCACAUACAAAACCAGGCUGGGCUCCCUUAGCCCGGUUUUGCAUGCAUGUGUGAAUAGUCUCAAAAUCUAGUAGUUGGUAAAGGUAAAGUGUGCUGUCAAGUUGAUUUCGACUCCUGGCACCCACAGAGCCCUGUGGUUUUCUUUGGUAGAAUACUGGAGGGGUUUACCAUUGCCUCCUCCCACGCAGUGUGAGAUGAUGCCUUUCAGCAUCUUCCUCUAUCGCUGCUGCCCAGUAUAGUACAAGUGGGGAUUCGAACCAGCAACCUUCUGCUUGUUAGUAAAGCAUUUCCCUGCUGCGCUACAUACCAUUAUAGAUAAUCUGGAGAGUGUUGAUACAUGUGAAUAUUGCAUUCGCUACUACUAUACCUUGCUCCUUCCACUGUCCUUUUUUUUUUCCUAUAAGAAGUGGUGAAGUGAAUGAAAUUGCCUCAUUUCUUCAUAUCACUGAGCAAUAGUUUGCAAUUAUUUAUGAGCUCUUUUCCCCCCUUUUUCCUUUGAAAAUUUCAAGUAGCCACUAUAUGGCAUAGACCAAGACUGUAUAGGGAAUACUGCAAGCUCUUUAACCUGUUGACAAUGUGGUUAGCAUAUAUAAAUAAUGUUAAAAAAAUUGGCAGCAUUUAUGUACAUAAAAUUAUCUUCAGAUUCAUGUAGUUUUCUUUUCCACAGUCACUUUGUUUACUUUACAUUCAUUGUAACUUUCAACCAAGACCUCUACGAACACAGAAACACAAAAAAUAAAGAAAUGAAUUAAAAUUG